AUCACACGGAUCGAGGUCCGUAACCACUUUUGUUCAAGGCAGUUUCGCUUAGUUACGCAAUUGUGUUUGCAACGUUGUGUUGUGUUUGUGGUCUGUGUUUGUCACUCGCUUGUCGGCAUUACGUCUUCGCCAAAUGGCGUUUGUGAAUGCCGACGGAUCUCGCAUGGUGGCGCUGGUUGUUGGCAGCGGGUUCAGAGGUUGCCACCUCGGCAUGUUCGAAAGGAUGUGCGAGUUGGGCAUGAGCACUGUCGUCGUUGCCGAUGAGGGCUCUUGGGCUCAUGAGAUGGAGGUCACCGGUGUGGUGCACAGGGUGGUCGUCGUUCCAGGCCUCGAACAACGUCCGCAGGAAGCGGAGCUCGCCGAUGUAGUCGUGGACGCUUUGCGGGCCGCAUCGAUUGACAACGUCACAGGUGCCUACAACUUGAUCAACUGGUACUUGCCUUUGACCGCUUUGGUCGCAGAGAGGCUCGGCGUGGUGACGAACAGCUACGAUGCAGUGCGCAGAUGCGCGUUCAAAAACGAAACCCGCAAGUGCCUCGUCGCCAGUGGGCUGGAGUCGUGGCAAUCGUUCCCUUGCUCAACGAAGCAGGACAUUGAGCAGGCUGCGGGUCAGAUUGUGUUCCCUGCGAUCUUUAAGCCAGCCAGGGGUACAGCCUCGAUUGGUGUCGUCAAAGUCUUUUCCGCAGAGGAGGCAGUGAAGGUAUUUUUGGAACAGCGCGCUGCGCGCACAUACAUCCAGGACGAGGUUUUCCUCUUGGAGGAGUAUAUUGACGGGCCAGAGUUCGGCGUGGAAAUCGUGAUGCAGCAGGGCCGCGACUUAUUUUGCUCCGUCAUGGACGCCGACAAGCAGAGCCACGGCCAGUUCUUCCAGGGCACGGGCCGCAGCUUCCCUACUGUCCACGGGCAUGUUGUCGAGGCUCUCGUUGCCUCACAUUGCGUUGCUUCCGUACAUGCGCUUGGCUUGACGACGGGAGUUUUCGAUCUCGACGUACGGUACUCCCCACGUUGUGGCGUGCGAAUCUUGGAGGUCAAUGCGCGCAUGGGCGGCGGCUCUGUCCAGAGGAUGCACAAGCACGUUUACGGAAUGGAUUUGGUUGAGCUUCAUUUGCAGACGUGCAUGGGCAUCUCCGUGGGACAUUUAGCCGACAGGCGUCCCUUGGAGCCGUCGGUGUGUUACGAGGCUGGCUGGGUGGAAUCCCCGUAUUCUGGCGUUGUCUCUGGCAUUGGCAUCGAUGCCUUCACGGAGAGACUGCGAUCCAUGUUCAGGGAGAAUCCACACGUGUUGGAGUUCGUCCCCUUCUGUGCCGACGGUGAUGCCAUCAACGGCUACAACGUGUCAGGCUUGCCCGAUUCGCUGGUCUUGGUGUUCACAAAGGGUGCCGAGAAGAGCCUCGCCCAGCAGCACCUCGCCGGGGCGCUUCGUGCCGCGGAGGAGCGCAUCGCGGACCUCGUCGAGCCGGACGCCUCGCCGGCCCCCCGGAAGAAGAAGGCCAGCGCCGAGGCUGUGGUCGUGGCGGCAGUCGGCACGGCCAUGAUUUGCACGGCCGCUGUCUUGACGCACCGGAUGUUCUGGUCGAGCAGGUGAGGUCUCCGAAGCGGUGCAAUGCCCAGGCCGAUCGCACGUCGAUCCAGCCGCUUGAGCCUCCCGACGCUCCUGUGGAGCUUCUGCCCUCGAAUGUGCCCUCGUCCGCUGUGUACAGCUUGGCGGUCGUCCAGUAGUCUUGAGCAGGCGGCCUGUUUUCAUUGAUAGCCAAGUCAGUCUUCGACAGGGCUUGGUGUGACUCGUGCUCGCGCACAGAGCUCUCUUGCUCCAUCGGCCGUGGUGGCCAGCCGAGGGCUUGAUGUACACCAUCGCUCCCUAAUUCGCUGCGCGCCAGCCCAAAGCCUUUUGGGAGUGCGGGCCGCCUGGCGCUCCGCAGGGGAACGCCAGGACGGCCUGCGGACCUGCGCCUCAGCAGGCCUGGCCCCAAGUGCACGGCCCCGAAGGCAGACGCCCUUGGACUUUUUCGGUCUGCCGGAGAGAGCGGCCACAAGAGACAGCCAGAAACCGCACGGCCGCGAGGCCAGUCUUGCACAGGACACGGAAAAAGUCGCGCGGACCGAGGCCGGCUGCUUCUCGACGCGAGCUCUCGCUGGACACGUCCUUCCGGCCUUUUGUGACCUUGCCCCUCUCGGUGGUCCGGUUGGGCCUGCCACGCCAUAGAGGG